AUGUCUGAGAGCAUCGGCAAACAAGCCCGGACGGAGGUUUUGGAGCAGAGCUCCGUGGUACGGAGCCACGAGUUCACGGUUCCGAGAGACCCAGGAAGUGUCGAAGAAGACCAAUUCAGAAUACACCCCCAAAAUGAGGCGAAAUUUCACAUCGAAUGCGAAGAUUUCACUGACAAAACGAGCUGCAAAGUCUACGUCGUUCCAGCAGCAUUCUUCAAAAACACAAGCUGGAUUUCAACUGUGGAGCCGAAGCCACUCCUACGAGAACACCCGUAA